UCUAGCUCAUGGCAAUUUUGCUGAUGGGGGAUCCAAACGAUUACCGAAAACCGCAUAUGACUCUUAUGCAUGCCCCAUCGUUGGAGUUAAUCGUUCAGGAUGACUCGUCUACUCCAGUAAUAGAUUUAAAGGAGACAGAGAAUAAAAUUAAUGCCACGUCAAUGUUUAUUUUUGGAGAUGAUACUGAAUGCAUCCUUGUGAAAGGGAAGAAAAAAACUCAAAUACGGAUCAGAACUGGCGCCCUGAAUGUCAAAGACCAUAUACCGGAUGAAGUAGAAAAGAAUGACCCGGGCUAUUUAGGGUACGAGGGUACGUUCUGUAAAUUAUCGUAUCCCCACAUCAACACUAAUCUCGACCUGGUUGAGGGAGCCUCGACGCCACCAAAAGUUGAAGACCAACAAGCUCGAGUCUCAUAUGCACUUGAAGCCCUCGCCGUAAGAAAUGGAGAAGACGCUGUUGUUUCAAGAUGUGAAAACCCUGAUAAUUACACAAAUUAUACUAAAAAGCUCGUUACGGAGCGUAAAGAACAAAUAGUAAAUUUUACAACAAAGGGUGAUGAGAAAGAAUUACUUGAUCCGGAUCUGCUGCUCUAUUUUAAUAAAUCUGGACGACUUCCUGAAGCAGAUCCAGUGGGCCGUGGGUACACAACGGUGAACAAGGAUGUCUACCCACCAACCACAGACCCAUGCGUGGAUUGGACUGUAACAUUGAUCUGCUACGACCUCCCAUCCCCUCCUGGGCCACCCCCAAAAUGUCCACAGCCACCGGUAGAGGAAAAGUGUGAAAAAUUGAACAAUUGUUCUGCAUGUGACGCAGAACAAAUUGAGAGAGUCGUAAAAAUUCAUAAACUCAAUGUGGAGGCAGAGAGGACAAAUCCAGACCCAGCCAUACCACAGAAGGAUAAAGACGAUGCGAGUGCUUUAAUUAUUAUACCUUUGAAUAAUAUAGUAAGUUAAUAAGCUUGUUGAAACCAAUCUUUCAGAAAGCACAAAAAGAGAGGGAGAAAGUAUUACUAGCAAAACUUUUACUUUGUCGCCGAAACGGUUGGACGCGAAAGUCGAAUCUUACUGAAGUCUACAACUUGGCAAAAACGGCUUGGGAAGAAUUGGAGAAAAACAUGGAAGAUGUACAUAUAGCCAUAAUUUCAAGUUCUUAAAUUGCACUUUUAUUGAGGUUCAACUUAGGAUUAGUAAUAAUUUGUACAUUUCAGUAUUACAUAACAUGUAUGUAAUCAGGUAUCUUAUCUACUCGUAGAGUGUGUGCAUGUGUAUAUGUAUUUAGUUGCUGAGCAAGAGGGGCGCAAACUCUACGGGAGAUUAUUAUCAAGAGUGGCAGAAAGUAGCUGCCGGCGUCGCCAAGGCAGAAACACUUCGAAAUAAACUAGAAAACGAGAUUUGGCACACAAAUCAGACAUAUCGCGAUCUUAUAGCUGCCGUAAAGAUAGCUGCAUCUGGCGGAGACCCAAAAUGUGCAGAUAUGUCUACCCCCUUAAAAUCCGACUAUCUUGUUAUAAAGCGGGACAAGAAGGAAGAUUACAUACACCUCCCACCGAAACAGUCUAGUAAAGAUACUGACCUCACUCUUUAUCCGUCUGAUGUUCCUGCAGCUAUGGAUAAAACUUGUGGCAUGUUUCCAAAACGAAAAGAGGCCUGUAUUAACUCGAAACCUGAAACCAAGCGAGCAUGUCAACUCCUCAAAGCACGGAUGGCUAAUUGGAACGUGUGCGACAACGCUACAACGCCAAAUUGUUCUAUACAAGAUUGGAAACCUGUCGACUCGUGGAGGGGAAUUGUUCUCCAGUUGCUGGCGGACAUAUUUUCCAUGGCCUGCAGUCCAAUGAUCAAGGCACAUUUUGCGUUAAACAUAAAUCGAGUUAUUAAGGGAUAUCUCAUCGAUUUUGUGAAAGACACUCUUCCAUAUGAUAAAGUCCUCUUGCCUGGAAACUGCACCACACCCGGAGCAGCUUGCCCUCAACGAUUGGCCGAAUGUGUUCCACAAGAUGGACCUCCCGUGGUCACCUGUACAGUAACGCCGUUGCCAGAAAAGCGUCCUUUUUGGGACGAAAUUAUCCAAGUUUUGGAGGAGUGCAAAAGACGAGAUCCAAAACAUUUUCAACUCAAGUUUAAGCGAAUAAUGGCCGAUCAUUCGAACUAUUUUGUGUUUCUAAAGCAAGAUCACGUAAAUGGUACUUCUGAAGUGGAACUGGUUUAUAAUGUUGAACAAGCAGACCAAGAAUUUUCCUUCAAUUAUGCGAUUGAUUCAUUGUGGCGGAUAUUUGCCACUGUUCUGGGAAUAUGCAUGCCUCAUUAUGAGACCAAGAUUCCACUGAUCACAUCGAAAUUUUAUGCGCAUUUCUCCCAAGACUUUCUUUCCGUAUUGGUCCGUGAAUGGACGAGUGCUAGAGACAAUCCUGUUUUCGGUAGGAUAUUUGGAGAAUAUUAUGAAAAGCUGGCCGAUUUUUGGAGUGUAAAUUGCAUGGAGGCUAGUUUCAUGAACGAAGUCAAAUGGAGACCACCUAGGAAAUUAAUGGUUAAUGGGGGUUCACAGCUGAAUUAUUUCAUUGCUGGCCCACUUGCUGGAACGUAUGGAAAUUAUAAUUGAAAGAUAAUAAAGCUCGUUCUCAGUGAACGAUUAUAUUUUUAAAAUACGUCGAUUUACAUAUUUUCAAUGAAUUCAGAAGUGCAUGCUGACUGAAGACGAGCCAACAUACUUAUUUCACGAAAAUAAACACAACGUUAUGUACAUACGUACAGAA